CGAGAGUGUGAAUAUUUCCCCUCAGAUGGCGUUCAAGAGCAGGCGGGCGGAGGUCACGACGUAAUUCCUGAAAAAUUAACUCGAUAAAGUGGCUAAUUGUGAUAUAUCUGACAUAAUGACAGACCGAGGGAUAUGUUGAUGACGCAACUGACUUAAACCAGAGCCCCCCCCCAAAAUAGUAUGGAGAUGUCGUCAACCGCUCGCUUCAGACCGGAAAACACUUCUCCAACACCGGAUCUCCACCAUGCCGUGACCUCGGAUGACCCUUUUCGCGACCCGGAGAGGAAGGAGAAGGUCGUGAUCCUAGGAAGCGGGGACAUGAGCCUGGCCUUGUCGCUGGCCAUGAGGAGAGCGGGUGUGCAGCCCGUGGUGGGGAGCAGGACGCCGGAGAGUGCGAGAAUUCGCCUAAGAUCGACGGGGGUCCAGGUGAAAACCCUGGCGGAGGCUCUGAAGGAGGGAGAGGUGGUCGUAGUGGCCAUCCCAGCGGAACACCACGACUCUCUCCCUCGACACCUGCUCGCCGGGAAGAUUGUGGUCGACGUCAGCAACAGACCCCCCGGCAGCCCCCGCCGGCCCGAGAGCGUGGCGGAGCGCCUGCAGGAGUGCCUUCCGGAGAGCCACGUCGUCAAGGCCUUCAACACGCUGUCCGCCUUCGCCCUCCAGCAGGGGGACGUCAGGGGCAGCAAGGAGGUCCCCAUUAGCAGCGACAAUGAUCGUGCUCUCCGCCUUGUGGCAGAUCUGGUACGAACUGUGGGUUUGCAUCCCGUAGACUUCGGCGCGCUGAGGACGGCACGAGAAAUCGAAGAAAUCCCGUUUUCUUUCUUCCGGGAAUGGAAAGUGGCCGGCUCUGUGGCUCUUCUCGUUUUCUUUUUGUUCUAUUUGCUUUUGUUCAUGAGGAGACAGAUAUGCCCGAAUCUGGACAGUACGGACUGGAAUUGGAAUCGAUUCCAGACAUUCCCGUUGAAGAAUGGAAUGCUGGCCUUCGCUCUCACAGGAACCACUAUGUUGCUGCUCUGCUAUGUGCCAGGUACCAUAGCGGGCUACAUACAGCUGUACAGAGGCACGAAGUACUCCACUUUUCCCAGCUGGCUCGACAGAUGGCUUAAGUCUCGGAAACAGAUGGGCUUGCUAGCGCUCCUCAUGGGAUCCUUGCACGGUUGUAUGUCUGUCUUUACUCAAAUGGAUGAAGGAAUGGAUGACCCCGCUCUUUGGUCUCAGCAGCUCUUCAUUGCCCUUGGCAUAGUCCUACUAGGAGUCCUGGCAGUGCUAGGCGUCUCCUCGCUUCCCUCAGUCACUGCAGAACUCACCUGGAGGGAAUUCAGCUUCCUACAGCGUUAUUUAGGAUGGCUUUCGGUCCUUCUCGUCACCGGUCACGCCUUCUUUAAGGGAUACAAGAAGCUGUUCGUACCGCGUUUCGAAUGCGCAGUUCUACCGUCCGAAACACAGAUUAUCGUCUUCCUGUGCUUCCUGACCAUCCUGCUCAAAGUGCCCCUCCUCAUACCCUGCGUUCACUCCCGGCUUAUGAAGGUCAGGCGCGGGUACGAGAGGAUGCCCAACGGGUCGCCUGCCUAAAGUUUUUUUUUUUGUUUUGUUUUUGCUUUUUUUUUUU